UUGUCUUUUACCAUAGACGUGUUUGACUUUCAAAAUGGAUCCAAGAUUAAAUCAACUAGAUCUAUUAGAGAUGAUUAAGAAUUUGCCACUGGAUAGGAGAGCAAAUUUUGAUAAGUGUAUGAAGACUGAAGCUCUGUACAAUUCUGGUCUUCCUCUUGGUUUAGGAUUUGCAGCAGUGAGUUAUUUUAUAUCCAAAAAGUAUAAACUUGGAACAACGGGAACCAUUAUGACUACCUUUGCUGGAUUAUCUGGAUAUAUUGUAGGAAAAGUAACAUAUUCUUUCCAUUGUGUACAAAAACAUUUACCUGAAAUAGCAAAAAUAAUAGAAGAUGCAAAACUUCAUAGACACAGAAAGGCUAUGGAAGGUAGUUUUGUUCAGCCAAAAGAGUUAACACAAGAAUUUGUUGAUAAUUUGAACGAGGAACAAACCUGGAGCAAUUAUGACAGACAUUCAAAUGACGAUAGUAAUCAAUUCAUCGAUACAAGUUACAAUAGCUAUAACGAGGAACUUGCCACAGAGAAACCAAUUAACUUAAAAGAACGUAUAACUUACGAUGAUUUACGACGACAGAGUAGAGCAAUGUUGAAUGAAGGACGACAAAGUUAUAGGCCUAUGGCUCGAGAGAGACCAAAGCAAAAUAAUGAAUUUAUGGAAGAUACGACUUUCGUUCCCGAAAAUAAAGAAGAAAAUGUUUGGAGUUAAAGGUGAUGGCAACG